AUGUCAAUGCUCUGCUCACCAAUACCAGCCCCCUUAUCCCCGUCCUCUUCAGUUCACACUCUGAGACCAGUAGAUAUCUCCGCCGUUUAUGUCUUGGGAAUUCCUCUCUCACACAGGGAUGAAGCAUCCAGAGUGGUCAACACAGUAGCUGAGUUGCUGUCCAUGUUUAACCCUGGAGUGAUCGCUCAACAUGUGGAUCAGACCUCAUUGCAGCCCAGAAGCUUGUUGGAGGAAGCUGAGGAACUGUCACUCUCCCUUUCACAUCAGGUGACAGACUGGAAGUUGGUGCUGUUGUUUGUCUCGGCAGAUUCCAUGUGUGUCCGUUCACCACAUGUUGAUGUAGAUGUUAAAGCUGUUGUACAGGAAGUAGAAGAAGCUCUGCAGUUGUUGCAGAAAAUGUUGCAUAACACUUUAGUUCAUGUCGUGGUCUGGAGCACACAUGAUCAACAGGACAACAUAAACCAACGACUACAUAAAGCUACUCUUCUGAAAAUCCUCCAGGACUCUCUAAGUCAUGUCUUGGAGCAUCAAAAUUGGCACAGCAAAAGGGUGGACUUCACUGCUGUGAUGCAGCCUGCCCCAGUUAUCCUUGAACCCAUACAAGAUUCUGACCCAAACCAAUUAGCUGUUCAGCUUUGGACAAACCUCCUUCAGCCAUCGACAGGUCAGGCAGAGGUCAUGGACAUCAACACUAUUACUAUUCCUUGCCCUACCCAGGAGCGACCUUUCCUGCGGACACAGAAAAAUUCCCCCAUUGACAGAGACAGCAAAGCCUUCACACUAAAAGAUCCUGUUAUGGGUACUGAGAUACCUUGCACGGACCGCAGUCCAUCUCCCAUUACACCUGCUUCAGUUCAUGAACUCAGACCUGGAGAUAUCAAGGUGGUGGCCGCAGUAGGAGACUCUUUAACAGCAGCCAAUGGUGUGGGCGCAAAGACAGACAACCUUCUGUUAGUGAUUAAUGAGUACAGAGGACUUUCAUGGAGCAUUGGCGGUGAUGAAAACAUUACAACUGUGACCACACUGCCAAACAUCCUGAAGCAGUUUAACCCCUCCCUGACCGGCUUCUCAGAGGGAGUAGGUAAGGAGGACACUCCUAAAGCCUUCCUCAAUCAGGCUGUGGCCGGAGCAAACAGUGGUGAUAUGGUGCGACAGGUGCGUGUCCUAGUGGACAAAAUGAAAACUGAUUCGAGCAUCGAUUUCCACAACGACUGGAAAGUGAUCACCAUGUUUAUUGGAGGCAAUGACAUAUGUGACUUCUGCACAGAUAGCGUCUUUUUUUCACCCAGGAAUGUGGUCAGUCGUAUCCGCCAAGCUCUGGACAUCCUACAUAGUGAAGUGCCUCGCGCCAUGGUCAAUCUGGUAGAGCUGUUAAAUGUUGUACCAUUGCGGGAUCUGCACAAAGAUAAAGGUUUGGGCUGCCCCACCUGGUUUGUAAAUUUAGUUUGCCCCUGUGUACUGAAGCCUAAAGAGGGAUCCUCUGAACUCCAGAAGGUCAAUGAGAUCAAUAAAGCCUAUCAGCAUGCUAUGAAAGAGCUGAUUGACUCUGGGCGGUAUAACACACACGAUAACUUCACUGUGGUAGUGCAGCCAUUCAUCAGGGAGGUCGUCCUUCCCACUUUAAAGGAUGGCCGGCCUGAUCGCUCAUACUUUUCACCUGACUGUUUUCACCUCAGCCAGAAAUCUCACACUCUCAUGGCUCGGGCUCUUUGGAACAACAUGUUAGAGGCAGUGGGCAACAAGACUUUUACACAAGACUUCACAGCUGGCAUUGCUCUGAAGUGUCCCUCUGAGACCAACCCAUUUUUUAGGACUGCUGUCAACAGCAACUACACCUUUCCAGGCCCUCCCCCCACUCCUGCUCCUGUGAAAAACUGGGGCAGUGACUUUUCCUGUGUUAACACAGCUCCAUCCAACUCUGUGCCCACGUCAGCUCACAGGUUACGACCAGCAGACAUAAAAGUGGUGGCUGCUUUAGGAGACUCUAUAACGGCCGGCUUUGGUGCUAAGGCAAAGAAUCUGCUGCAGCUAAAAACUGAGUACAGAGGGGUGUCAUGGAGCAUUGGUGGAGAUCAAUCUCUUGAGACUGUCACAACAUUACCUAAUAUCCUUAAGAAGUUCAACCCUAAAAUCAAAGGAGUGUCAAAGGGACAGGGGAAAUGGCAGACUGGCUUCAACAUGGCUGUAUCUGGAGCUAAAAUAUCAGGAAUCCCAGGGCAGAUCAGAAGCCUGAUUGAUACCAUGAAAAAUGACUCUACGGUGGAUUUUGAGAAUGACUGGAAGUUGGUGACCCUCUUCAUUGGAGGCAAUGACCUAUGUCAGUACUGCAAUGACCGUGCCUCUUUGUCACCUCAGAACUACAGCCAUCAUAUGAUGACCAGCUUGGAUAUGCUCUACAAAGAGGUUCCCAGGACGAUUGUCAACGUCUUGGAGAUCCUGGAAAUUGAAGGCCUUCGCAGGAUCAAAAGGGAUAGUCUUGGCUGCAGUGUGUUACAAAAGUAUGUCUGCCCGUGCUUCUUGUUAGCAGGAGAGGACUCCCCAGAGCUGGCUGAAGUAAAACGGAUCAAUCGAGAGCUACAGGUUGAGACAGAAAAAUUGGUGUACGGAGGCCGCUAUGAUGACAGAGAGGACUUUGCUGUGGUCGCACAGCCCUUUUUUAAGAACUCCAUUGUUCCUUUGAAUGCUGACGGCAGACCUGACACCACCUACUUUUCUGAGGACUGUUUCCACUUCAGUGAACGGGGACAUGCUGACAUGGCUGCAGCUCUGUGGAAUAACAUGUUGGAGCCAGUGGGUAAAAAACAGACAUACAACAAUUUCACAAAUGCCAGAAAUAACAUCAAGUGCCCCACUGAGGAGCAUCCUUACAUCUUCACAAAGGUGAACAGCCUACCCAGUCUGACCACUACAACAGCACCCAGAACAGACAGCACAGCUUUACCUCACAGCUCCUCAGCACCCACAGCGCACAGCACAGGCCAGCCACUCACCUCUGAUUGCACGGACCAUGUGCCAGUAUGGCUCGCUGCUGUGCUGGCCGUAUUGGGUCUUCUGAUUGGCUGGGCUGUCACCUGGCUCCUCCUCUCCUGCAGAACCAAGAGAAGCAAGAAGAUGAUGAUUGCUGCAGUGGAGAUGAAGGGCAGUGCGUUUUAAAGUGCUACUUACUGUGUUUUUGCACUGGACUAUUCAACGUAACAGAACCAAGAACUACAAAACAACACUGCAAUAUUUAAAGUGAUUGUAGAAGGCAUAUUCUUUGUGGUGACAAUAAAGCAGUUUUUCAUAAGAAGACAUGAUAAGAUAGCCCUGUCUGCUUUGAAUAUAGAAGUUAAUUAUUGACCUUGAACCACAGAAAAUAUUACUGGAUGCAGAAGUGGAAAAGGUACACCAGACAUUACUUAAGGAAAGCAAUGAAUAAGACAACUGAAUCACACUCCAUUACAACUCCUGCAUACAAACCUAUUAUAUUUAAUUUUAUUAAAAUAAAAAUGUAUUUUGUGUAAUAAUAAAUAAUGGAAAGACAAUGUAAUUAAGCAUUCUUUCUGUUAAAAAAUAUUCUUGCUUUUGAUUGUAACAAAAAUGUUUUUUUUGGUUAUUUGGAAUAAAUAAUUUGAAAUAA